AUGACGACAACAUCAGGUUACAGCUGGCUGUCGAGCCACCUGGAGCGCUUGGCGCUCGGUGGGUGGGAGAGCGGGACGGAGGGUCCAGGCGACACCAGCAGGGCCUUGCGGCUCGGCCGCGCCGCCGCCUCUUCCUCGCCCCCCCAGCUGACGCUGCUGGUGAUGCAGCCGUGCAGCGGCGACGAGGAGGCGGCGGGGGGCACCGGGCGGCACCAGGGCGCCGCGCAGGCCCCGGAGACCUCCGGAGGCCUCGUGUUCCUGUGCGAGCGGACGUGGGGCGAGGGGGACGCGGCCGAGGAGGGCGAGCCGGCGGGCGGCGAGAGCACGGCCAGCCCCCAGGAGCUGGAGGACGAGGAGGCGGCGGCGGCCUCCGGCGGGGAGGCCUCCGCGGGGGGCGGGGGCUGCAAGAGCUGCACGUACCAGGGCUGCAGCGAGACCACCACGCAGGUGGCCAAGCAGCGCAAGCCCUGGAUGUGCAAGCGCCACCGCAACAAGAUGUACAAGGACAAGUACAAGCGCAAGAAGAGCGACUUGGGCGGGGCCGGGGCGCCCCCAGCGCAGGGCGGGGCUGCCACCCCGGGGGGCAGCGCGCGGGCCGAGGAUUGUGUUGAAGGCUCAGUUUCUGUUACAAAACAAAGAACAGGGUCUAUUGGAGAUCGCCCAGCAAGACCUACUCUUUUAGAACAAGUAUUGAAUCAGAAAAGGCUGUCGUUAUUAAGAAGUCCGGAGGUGGUACAGUUUCUGCAGAAACAGCAACAACUGUUAAGUCAACAAGCUUUGGAACAAAGGCAGCAACAGUUUCCAGGAGCACCUGUGUGAUGGGGACAAAGAUCUGCAGCAGAAUCUCAUGCUGAAGUGGUGGAGGGAUAUGUAUCUUAAAAAAAGGCGAGUUAAAUAUUAAGAUGGAAGACUAAAAUUGUUGCUGCUGUGUUAUACCUGUAUUGUUUUGUGGUUGCACUUUUGGGGUUCUGAGCUGCAUGGAUGUCCACAAAUUUGUGAGCAAAUCAGGAGGAAUCUGAUUCUCCAUUCUGUUUCAGAGAUGUAACUUAUUCAUAAUUUUUUAUGUAAAUAUCAUUGUAUCAGUAAUCCUUACAUAACCUCCUACUCCUACCAAAGUCUUCAAUUAUAAACUAAACACUUUGCUAUGUGAAAGAUUUCAUAGCUUCAGUGUAGUCACUCUUUGUUGACAAUCAUUGAAGAAAUAGAGGCAAUUACUUUCUGUGGAAGUUGUGAAAUAAAAAAAGUACUGACUUUGAGCCAGCCCAGUAAGAUGACAUAGUAGCAUAUUGCUCAGGGAUAUAGGAGGCUUGGAGUCAUUAGCUUCUGUUGCACUAACAGUUAAAGACAAAAUAAUGCCAUGCAGUAGCUGCGCUAAUGGCUAAUUGUGUAAAACAUUGGUUGAUCCUGUUGGUGUGUCCAUAAUUCACAAGUCUAGCUGGAUUGGCAUGUUUAACCAUUCUCACUAAAAGAAGUGCUACAGGGCUGUAACCAGCAUAAUAGGUAGUUUGAAGGAAUUGAUGUGGAAAAUAGCCCCAGAAUGAAUAGAAAGGAAAAAUUGCCAUUUAAAGGAAGAACUGGAGGCAAAAAAGAAAAUAACGUAAGGUUUUUUUCAUUGUUUACAUGGCCUUCCACUAGCCAAUGCUCAUGAGGUUUAAAAAAAUUAAUAUUUAAAGAAUUGGUGGUCAAUAGUGGUGGACCAUAGCUUGCUGAGUGAUAGUAGAAUAAAGUGACCUCUAAUUUAAGAAUUAUAGGCCUCUAUUAUAUAUUAUAUUAUAUUAUAUUAUAGGCCUCUAUUAUAUUCCCCCCUCCCGCUAUAGUCUGUUUUUCGAGCUGAAAAGUCUGAAUCUUUUAAAUCUCUCCUCCUACGGAAGCUGUUCCAAACUCCUAAUCAUUUUUGUUGCCCUUCUCUCUACCUUUUCCAAUUCUAAUUUAUUUUUUGAGAUGGAGAAACCAGAAGAAACUGGUCUACACAGAGUAGAUCUGGAAAUGGACUAAACAAAGUGCUGUCAAAUGCAAAAGUAAAUUAGGAAUUUUUCUUUUAAUCUUUUAGUAAUAGUUAACAUGACUGCUAAUUGUUACAAUAAUACAUAAUUAUCAGAAUUUGAUUUGUUAAUGGUGUCUUUCCAAAAUGUCACUCAAGAUACUCAUUCUAUCUAAAUUAUGUUUGUGAAUGUUUAAAUCAAAUGUCUGAUUCAGGAAAUCCUCCAUGUACACAGCUACCAGUAACUUUCAGUAUUUGACUAUUGUUAAGCUGAAAUCAUUAGUGUGUGAUAUUCCUAUCUGUUAAAAACAAUUGGACAUUAAUUUACUAAGGUGAAGUGAUAACUCAGGAAGAAGUUUGCUGUUUGUGAUUUACUGAGCUUGUAAAGCAUGUUAGGAGCCUUACAAUUUAAAGAUGUGACAUAAAAUGGCUUCAAUUAGAACUAUGCUUCAAUAACUAGGUUGAUUUAACUCAGGCCAUAAAGAAUAAAAUGUAUGGGAUGAGAAGAAAAUAAAAUAUAAAAA